AUGGCGUCGCUAAAAGAAGUUGAGGCAGCGGUGUCGCCUGCCAGCUCAACUAUUGCAUCAGAAGGGAAUGAGAACUAUCAGUUUUAUAAACAACAUCGAGAUAUCGAAUACACAACGCAGGAAGCAAAAAACGUUCUCCGCAAGAUUGAUAUACGCCUCAUUCCGUUGCUAUUCUUAAUCUACAUGCUGCAGUACCUGGAUAAAAACAGUAUCAAUUUUGCGUCUGUGUACGGCCUAAAGCAGGGAAUGCACCUAAAGGGACAAGAAUAUUCAUGGCUUAGCUCCAUUUUCUACUUCGGAUAUCUCAUUGCACAAUGGCCUGCGGGGUUAGCCAUGCAGAAGCUACCCGUCGGCAAAUUUCUUGCCAUCACCACAUUGAUCUGGGGCGGAUUGCUCAUGACAACACCAGCAUGCUACAACUUUGCUGGGAUUGCAAUUAAUCGUUUCCUUUUGGGAAUGGUCGAAGCAGUUGUAACUCCUGGAUUUGUUCUCAUGACCGGCAUGUGGUACAAAUCUGAAGAACAACCACUGCGACUGGAGGCAUGGUACUGCACUAAUGGUAUCGCAACAAUGUUUGGAGGUCUUAUUGGCUAUGCGGUUGGCCAUAUCACUACUGGACUUCCACGGUGGAUGUACGUCUUCCUCAUUUUUGGAGCCUUCUCCGUCGCAGUGGGAGCCAUUGCCCUUAUCUUUCUCCCCGAUCUUCCUUCAACCGCGAAAUUUCUUACCGAGCGCGAGCGAGCCAUUGCUGUUGAUCGCGUCGCUAUCAACCGGCAAGGUGUCAAAAGUAGUCAAUUCAAAUGGUACCAGGUCCGACAAGCAGCCGAAGACCCGAAGACCUGGCUCUUGUUCAUCAUGGCAAUUGGUGCACAAGUCCCGAACUCAGCAUUAACUAGCUUUACUUCCAUUAUCGUCGGCACUUUCGGAUUUGAUACGCUUGGAACUCAAUAUCUGCAAAUCCCCGGUGGUGCUGUUCAGUUCAUCACUCUCCUGCUCGGGGGUUAUAUUGCGACCAAGUUUGAUGUCUGUAUCGUUGGAUCAGGUCUUCUUGUCGGACUACCAAACACCAACAAAUGGGGCCGCCUUGUUGCACUUUGGCUAUGCUAUUUUCAAGGCUUGGGAUUCAGCAUGAGUUUGACUAUCGUUAGCUCUAACAUUGCUGGAUACACUAAGAAGCAAGUCACUGGUGCUCUGUUGUUCACUGGAUACUGCGUGGGGAAUAUAAUUGGACCGCAGACUUUCAAGUCUAGCGAGGCCCCUGGAUAUCACAGUGCUUACAUUGCGAUGCUCGCUGGUUAUGCAGUAAAACUGGUCUGCAUUGUCGCUUUGUACAUUUACAUGUACACUGAGAACAAGCGUCGAGACCGCGAAGCAAUCGAUGGCCAGGAGGUUGAGGCGGAAGGUGUUGAAAAUGGCAUGCUGGACAAAACAGAGAUCGAUAACAAAGGGUUUAGAUACGUUUUGUAA